GGUGCCCAUCAUGUCCGGUCUCACGGAACCGCUGACCUUCAGGGAUGUGUCGGUGGACUUCACCCCCGAGGAAUGGGCACAGCUGGACCCCGCACAGCGGGCACUCUACCGAGAUGUCAUGCUGGAGAACUACGAGAACCUCGUGUUCCUGGGGCUGCCUGUGGCCAAGCCUGAUGUCGUGUGCCAGCUGGAGAGGGGGGAGGCACCUUCAUUCCCGGAGCAGCCGGAGUUCUUCGCUGGCGCCUGCCCAGAUUCUCUCGCUCAGGAGAUUAAGUGCGAAGCCGUGGACCCAAUUCCGCAGCACAUCAUUUGUAUGGAAACAGCUGAUGAGAAACUCCCCAAAGAGGGUUUCUGGGAGGCUAAGAUGGGAGAAGAUUGGGAGUAUGAAAUGAUGUUAGAGAGGCAGAAGGCCUCUGAGAAUCAGUAUAGUCAGCUUGAAACUGUUAAUGUGAAAAAUUUUGAGGAAUUGAAUAUCCCUGGAAGUAAUGCGUUUGGGAGAGAUUUUGACCUGGGACCCAUCUUUGUUCCCCAACAGAGAGUUCCUUCAGGACAAAAUCUUUUUAAAUAUGAUCCUCUGGGCAACAGCUUUGAUCAGUUUUCAGACCUGAUUUUAUAUAAUGGAAUGUCCCUAGAGAAUAAACAUUGUAAGUACAAUAAGUGGAAGAAGCCCUUCGAUUACCCCCCAGAUCUUUUCCAGUUCCAGGCUGUAAAUCCUGGGAACAAACCCUUUGAAUAUAACGAAUUUGGGAAAACUUUCAACCCAGGGACACCCCUUAUUUAUCAUCCCAUAAUGAAUACUGGAGAGGAAUCCUUUGAAUACAACGGAUGUGGGGAAGGCUUCAGUCAAAGAACCUAUUUUAAUGAACGCAAAAGAACUCCUGCCGGAGAGAAACUCUUUCACUGCACUGAAUGUGGGAAGUCCUUCAAUCACAAGGGCAACUUUACCAAACAUCAGAGAAUUCACACCGGAGAGAAGCCCUUCCAGUGUAACGAAUGUGGGAAAGCUUUCAGCCGGAGGGGAAACCUGACCGUGCAUCAAAAAAUUCACUCUGGAGAGAAACCCUUCAAGUGUAACGAAUGUGGGAAAGCCUUCAUUCGGAGGGGCAGCCUUAUUGAACAUCAGAGAAUUCAUAGGGUUCAUACUGGUGAGAAACCGUUUUCAUGUAAAGAAUGUGGGAAGGUCUUUAGCCGGAGUGGAAGCCUCUCUAAACACCAGAGGAUCCACACUGGUGAGAAACCCUUUGAGUGUAAUGAAUGUGGAAAAUCCUUUAGCCAGAGGGGAAACCUUGCUAAACAUCAGAGAAUUCACGGUGGAGGGAAACCUUUUGAAUGCAAUGAAUGUGGAAAAAAUUUCACCAAUGCUUCUUGUCUGGCUAUACAUCAGAGAACUCAUACUGAAGAAAAACCCUUUAAGUGUAACGACUGUGGGAAAGCCUUUAGUUGGAGGGUACGCCUUAUUGUGCACCAGAGAAUUCAUACUGGAGAGAAACCCUUUGGGUGUAAUGAAUGUGGGAAAGUUUUCAGUCAGAGGGGCCACCUGAAUGCACACAGGAGGAUUCAUACAGGAGAGAAACCCUUUGAGUGCAGUGAAUGUGGGAAGGCCUUUAGCUGGAGGGUAAGCCUUACUGUGCAUCAGAAAAUUCAUACUGGAGAGAAACCUUUUGAGUGUAGUGAAUGUGGGAAGGUCUUUAGCCAGAGAGGACACCUUAACACACAUAAGAGAAUUCAUACUGGAGAGAAACCCUUUGAAUGUAAUGAAUGCGGAAAAGCCUUCAGCCAGAGGGGACACCUUACUGAACACCAGAGAAUUCAUGCUGGAGAGAAGCCACUUGAAUGUAAUCAGUGUGGUAAAAACUUCAGCCACCGGACAUCCCUCUUUUAUCAUCAGAGAAUUCAUACAGGUGAGAAACUUUUUGGAUGCAAUGAAUGUGGGAAAGUCUUCAGCCAGAGUGGAAGCCUUACAAAACAUCAAAGAAUUCACACCGGAGAGAAACCCUUUAAAUGUGAUGAAUGUGGGAAAUCCUUCAGCCAGAGAGGAAACCUUACGAAACAUCAGAGAAUUCAUGCUGGAGAGAAGCCAUUUGAAUGCACUGAGUGUGGAAGAGCCUUCAGUCAGAAAGUACACCUCACUGAACAUCAGAGAACCCAUGCUGGAGAAAAACCCUUCGAAUGUAACGAAUGUGGGAAAAACUUCAGCCACAGAUCAUCCCUUUUUCAUCAUCAGAGACUUCAUACUGGUGAGAAACCCUUUGGAUGUAACGAAUGUGGGAAACUCUUCAGCCGUUAUGGAAGCCUUCGGAAACAUCAGAAAAUCCACAUUGGAGAAAAACCCUUUGAAUGUAAGGAAUGCGGGAAAGCCUUUAGCUAUUGCUCAGCCUUCGUUCUUCACCAGAGAGUUCACACUGGGGAGAAGCCCUAUGCCUGUAAAGAAUGUGGGAAAGCCUUCAGCCAGAGCAUACACCUUACCCUGCACCAGAGGAUUCACACCGGGGAGAAGCCCUACGAAUGCAAUGAGUGCGGGAAAGCCUUCAGCCAGGGCUCCUAUCUUAUUUCACAUUGGAAAACACAUACUGGAGAGAAACCCUAUAAGUGUAAUGAAUGUGGGAAAGCCUUUACCAGAAUCUCACACCUUACACAGCAUCAAAGGACCCACACUGGGGAGAAGCCCUACAAAUGCAAUGAAUGUGGGAAAUCCUUCAGGAAUCGCUCCUCCCUGAUAGAACACCAGAGAAUUCACACUGGAGAGAAACCGUAUGAGUGUACGGAAUGUGAAAAGUCCUUUCGUUUUUCUUCUGCUCUUAUUAGACACCAGCGGAUCCACACAGAAGAGAAACCCUACAAAUGCAGUGAAUGUGGAAAAGCCUUUACCCAGAUUUCACACCUUACUCAGCACCAAAGAAUUCAUACAGGAGAGAAACCCUAUAAAUGCAAUGAGUGUGGCACCACCUUCAGUCAGAGCUCAUCCCUGAUUGAACAUCAGAGAAUUCAUACAGGAGAGAAGCCCUAUAAAUGUAAUGAAUGUGGAAAAGCUUUCACUCAGAUUUCACACCUAAUUCAGCAUCAAAGGAUUCAUACUGGAGAGAAGCCUUAUAAAUGUAACGAAUGUGGCAAAGCCUUCAGUAAUCGUUCACACCUUAUCCAACAUCAUUUAAUUCAUACUGGAGAAAAACCUUAUAAAUGUGUCGAGUGUGGGACAACUUUUAGUCAUGGCUCAUCUCUUAUUGAACAUCAGAAAAUUCAUACUGGAGAAAAACCCUAUAAAUGCAAUGAAUGUGGAAAAGCCUUCAGCCAGGGCUCAUCCCUGACUCUGCAUCAGAGAACUCACACUGGGGAGAAACCCUACCGAUGUAAUGAGUGUGGGAAAGCCUUCAGUAACCGGUCAUACCUGAUUCAGCAUUAUAUCAUCCACACUGGAGAGAAGCCCUAUGAAUGUAGUGAGUGUGGGAAGGCUUUCAGCUUCUCCUCAGCACUCAUUCGCCACCAGAGAACUCACACUGAGGAGAAACCCUACCAAUGUGGUGAAUGUGGGAAAGCUUUCAGUCAGAUUUUACUACUUACUCAGCACCAGAGUGUUCACUGUGAGGAAAAGCUGCCUGCCCCAAGCAGUGGCAGCCAAAGUGACAGCCAUGGUUCAAUUCCUGAAGAACUGCAGUCGUUCCCAGGUUGA